AUGGCAAAAUGGACAAGUUGGAACACUUACGAUCUGUUGAUGAAUAUUCUUCCUCGCACUGACAAUUCGAAGUACAUGAAAUUUUGUUGUUUACUACGUGCUAAGUCUAUUUUACCUUCAGAUGGCAAGAGACUUUGUGAUAAAUGCAAACCUUUACAAAAGUGCAGAAAAAAUGAGACAGUAAAAUUUUUUAUUGACCCAGCCUGCCACUCAUUGCUAAAGGAUGGUACUGCCCAUGAUGUUGAUAGUGAUGUACCUGUUGAUAUGAACUAUGUGAGUGACCCAGAAAACGAGGAGGAGCUAGUAGUAUUUACAUCAUCUGUUGUGUGCAUCAAUAAUGAGAUAUUUGCAACUUUGACAAUAAACAUUAAAGAAAAGUACAUCAGCAAGGAGCUUCUUGAAGAGGACAUUGCCUUUAAGCUGGCAGUUAAUGUUUUGGAGGUGCAGUUAACUGUUUCUAAAAGAAACAGUACUUGGAUGUUGCUGCGUUUGUCAGCCCGAGCAGGUUUACUACUUUUGCAAACACUCAGAACGGAAAAGUCUAGAGAUGAAUUGAGUCAAGUGAUAGCAGAGGCUUUCAGCUCAAAGUCAAUAAGAAAUGUGUCUGUUGAGGUGAAAAUAAGCAAUAUGCCAUCAUAUACAAUAUUUGUAGUUUCUACUGGGACGUUUCCAGUCAAAUCAGACGAAGACAAUGCUCAUCUCAUUGUUGAUGGAAACCAGAGAAUGUGGACAUUUGGAGCAGUAUGUUUAGCAUUUUUGCUGGGUGCUCCUAUAAUAGUUUACUUGAUUUCAUCACCACAUGCAUCUGCUCAUCUCGUAGUGAGAAGUAAGCCUGAUGUUGCAGUAGUGAGUUCUUCAAGGCUACCAGACUAUGAGUGCAAGACAGGGACGGCAAUGGAAAUGUUAGUGAUGAACCAGAGAACUUUGUCAUCAUUGUCAACAAUUGCUUCAAAAUCCAAGUGUAUUAAGAAACAGGUGGAUCACACUUUUAGAAUUGUUGAUGAUUUAAGUGAUAAUCCAGACAAGCUUGAGAAUCAUUUGCAAGAUGUAACGUUUCGUAAAGAAUUCUUGGUUGAGAACAACAACCAGAAUACGCUAACAUUGGAUGCACUCAUGAAUAACAGAAUUGUUCCUGCAUUGCAGGAUGAUUGUUCGAUUGCUGGUUGCUUUACUAGAAUGAAAGCGAGAGAGACAACUGUCACAAAAGAAGUAUAUGACAAGCUUGAUGUGAUUAGUGGUUGUCAGGAGGACAUAGAGUUGAAGUUAUCACAGAGACCACAAGUGGAACAGGUAGCUGCAUCCAUUUCCAAAUUGAUAGAAACAUUGGAAACAAGAGUAGCUAAUGUGAAGCUUUUGAGGAAAAAGGCUAAGACAGAUCCAAAGACUGAUCCUAUGGCUACAGAAGAUGACACAGUUGAGACUCGGUGGCUCAAGUUGGACAAGGCAAACAAGAACGAUAGGGUUGAUAUGAUAAGGAAGAUUGUUAAACAAGGAACAGAAGAAAAGGAUAAAUUGGGACGAACUAUACUUCAUUAUGCUGCUCAUCAUGGCAACCAUGAUGUGGUUGACCUUCUUCUGGACAACAAAGCGGAUCCUGCUGCUUUAGACAAUGAUGGCAAGAAGCCUUUUGAAUUGGCUGUGAAGAAUGGUCACCUGUCAACUGCUGGUCUGUUGGUGUUGGCAAGUGAAAAAGUUGAAGAUCUUACAUUUAAAACUCGUCCUCUCGUGUUCCAUUGGGCAUGUAAGAACAAGAGAGUUGAUGUUGCAAGAAAUAUCGUGGAACAUCAUGGAAUAGAAUGGAAGGGCAAAGAUGGCCGUAAUGCAUUGGAUAUUGUGGCUGUUUAUGACAACGUGGACAUUGCUGACAUCAUCCUGAAGAGAAUACUUCCACACGACAGUGCUAUGCAAACGAUUGUUUCUAUGUCAAUGGAAGCUGUUGCAGUUGAGGUUUGUGUGUGUCAGUUGUGUGUUGAGAGAAAUAUGGAAGUGUGA